GUAUAUCGCGAUUAAACGCCACCUAACUAUGGUCCAUGUUCAGUAGAUGCAGUUGCAAUCAGCUCUCUGACGUCAGUGUACGAUCGAGCUGAAAAAUGUUGCGUUCCAUCGUAUUGAAUCAAAAUGCCCAACAGAGCUUGGUGGCAUUGGUUCGAAAGAAUGUCGGCGCUUUAAGUUCUAUUGGCUCUAGUGUACAGCAAAACAGAAAUCAGGCUACCGAGGCUAAGGAUUUUCAAUUACCUGCCAAAAAGGAGCCUAUGCCUUACAGCCCUUUUCAAAAUACAAAUAAUCUAGCUGAGUUUGCAUUAGCUCGUUUAGAUGACUUACUUAAUUGGGGUCGUAAGGGAUCUAUUUGGCCUAUGACAUUUGGAUUAGCUUGCUGUGCUGUAGAAAUGAUGCACAUUGCUGCACCUAGAUACGACAUGGACAGAUAUGGAGUGGUUUUCCGUGCUUCUCCAAGACAAUCUGAUGUGAUUAUUGUUGCUGGAACAUUGACCAAUAAAAUGGCACCAGCUCUAAGAAAGAUCUAUGAUCAAAUGACAGAACCACGAUGGGUUAUUUCUAUGGGAAGCUGUGCCAAUGGAGGUGGAUACUAUCACUACAGUUACUCUGUAGUCAGAGGCUGUGAUAGGAUCAUUCCUGUAGAUAUUUACGUACCUGGUUGUCCCCCAACUGCUGAGGCACUCCUCUAUGGCAUAUUGCAGCUACAAAAGAAGGUGAAGCGCAUGAAGACGACUCAAAUUUGGUAUAGAAAAUAAAUAUAGCACUGUUCAACCAGAGAAAUAAAUGUGUAGUAAAAAUAUGUUGAAUGUAAAUUAAUAUAAAUAUCUAAUAUAAAUUGGAUUACAUACAUUAUCCAUAUAAAGUGGAUCAUAUGUGAAUCCAACAGUUUUUUCUUCUCAGUUAAAAAACUAAAUGUUUUUUGGAGUUCUCAAGAUGCAUUAAAAGUAAAUGUGGAUCUACUCCCGAGGCAAAAGCGUUGUACUAUAGUAAAGAAGUAUGCAAUAAACUUUUAAUAUAAAAUACAGCCACA